UAGGCCCGGCCCAAUAAGCUUUCUCCAGAACGGAAUUAGAUCUGCGAACGGGAAGCUGCUUGCUUCGCGAUUGUUGCUAUGAGGUUUCGUUGCAGAGAUUGCUGUCGCGGUGGACAUGGAGGUUGACGACGGUUCGGAAGCACGAGUGGAAAUGAAGGGGAAGCAAUCGGUGGUGAUGCUGGUGGGAGCCCCUGGUAGUGGCAAGUCCACCUUCUGCGACGCCGUCAUUGGCGCUUCUCGAAGAACCUGGGUCCGCAUUUGUCAGGACACGAUUGGAAAUGGUAAAGCUGGGACAAAGGCUCAGUGCAUCAAGAGUGCUUUGAGUGCGUUGAAUGAGGGUAAGAGCGUCUUCAUCGACAGAUGCAAUCUAGACAGGGAACAGCGUGCGGAGUUCCUGAAACUCGGCUCUGCCCAAAUUGAUGUGCAUGCCGUGGUGCUUGAUCUGCCUACUCAGCUUUGUAUUUCUCGAUCUGUCAAGCGGACAGGGCAUGAAGGGAACUUGCAAGGUGGAAAAGCUGCUGCUGUUGUGAAUAGAAUGCUACAGAAGAAAGAAUCGCCUAAGCUGAUUGAAGGGUUUUCUCGGAUUACAUUUUGCCAUAAUGAUGCUGAAGUUCAGGCUGCUAUGGGUACAUAUAGUGGUCUUGGUCCAUCGGACAGUCUUCUACCAGGCUGUUUCGGCCAGAAAAGCCAAGAUGCGAAAGUUCAAGUGGGAAUCAUGAAGUUCCUAAAGAAAGCAGAGGGGCCUUCUCCCGUUGUUUCCAAGGUCAAUAGCGACCAGUCUGUUGCAUCAAUUGGGAGCUCAGAGAAGAAAGGCGCUUCCUUGGAAAGAGAAGAAAUGCCUGUUCUUCCGAAUGCUCCUCAGAAAGAAGAAAGCAAGGGCAAAGAUAAUGCAGUCCAAGCCAUAGAUAAGGAUGUUCCUACACUAGCAUUUCCUUCUAUUUCAACAGCCGAUUUCCAGUUUAACCUCGAAAAGGCCUCUGAUAUCAUUGUUGAGACGGUUGAGGAAUUUCUGCCUAAGCUUGGAAAUGCCAGACUUGUUCUAGUGGACUUGACUUAUGAAUCGAAAAUCUUGUCUUUGGUUCGAGCUAAAGCUGCCAAGAAGAGCAUUGACUCAAGCAAGUUCUUCACAUUCGUAGGCAAUAUAAUUGAGCUCUCUACAAAACGAGCUUUACACUGCAAUGUCAUAGCUAAUGCUGCCAAUUGGCGAUUAAGACCUGGAGGCGGAGGCGUCAAUGCUGCUAUCUUUAAGGCUGCAGGUGCGGACUUGGAAAUGGCAACAAAUGAUAGAGCUAAGUCACUUGUCCCUGGCAGUGCUGUGGUUGUUCCUCUUCCUUCAACUUGUCCACUGUACAACAGGGAAGGGAUAACGCAUGUCAUCCAUGUCCUUGGGCCAAAUAUGAACCCACAAAGACCAAAUUGUCUGAAUAAUGAUUAUAACAAAGGCUGCAUGGUUCUCCGUCAAGCAUAUACAUCACUCUUCGAAGGAUUCUUGUCUAUAUUGAAGAUACAGGAAACAUCAGUUACAAAAAGGCACGAAGAGUUGUUGCAUCACUCUGGACGUGGUCCUGAUAAGAGUGUUGGAAAUGGUGAUUUAAAGAAUAAGAGAGAUGAUGUCGAUGCUUCUGAUAGCAGCAAAAAGAGUAGAGGAUCUGGAAAUGAAGUUGAGAUUGACAGCACACGUCCAAGAACUGGAAAUUCAGAUUCAGGUAUCCAAACUACUGAUAGAGGAAUGACAAAAGCAUGGGGCUCUUGGGCCCAGGCUUUCUAUCAUAUUGCCAUGCAUCCAGAAAGACAAAAGGAUGACGUUUUGGAAAUACUAGAGGAUGUUGUUGUGUUAAAUGACCUUUAUCCUAAGGCACAGAAGCACAUUCUCAUCUUGGCACGAGCUAGAGGUCUUGAUUGCCUGGCAGAUGUGCAUGAAGUACACCUUGAAUUGUUGAGGAGAAUGCAUGACAUUGGCUUGAAGUGGGUUGAGAAGUUCUUGCAUGAAGAUUCUCAAUUAGUUUUCCGUCUUGGAUAUCACUCGGCACCCUCGAUGAGACAACUUCACCUCCAUGUUGUCAGCCAAGAUUUUAAUUCAGUUCAUCUCAAGAAUAAGAAGCAUUGGAACUCAUUUAACACAGCUUUCUUCCGCGACUCAGUGGACGUCAUAGAGGAGGUGAAUAAGAAUGGGAAAGCAAUGAUGAAGGAUGAUAAGAGUCUACUUUCUAUGGAGUUACGUUGCCACAGAUGUAGAAGUGCACAUCCGAACAUUCCCCGGUUGAAAUCACAUAUUCGGAAUUGCCAGGUCCCUUUUCCAGCUUUUUUGCUUCAAAGUGGUCGUCUUGUACGUGCACUGGAUAGUAAUUAAACCCUAGUCUGUAGGACAUUGUCCUCGAAAUUUUGUUGUACAUAGCGGCGGCUUUCACCUUCCCAUAGCGCCAAUUGAUCAAUGUUGAUUUACUUUUGGGUGUUUGGCGGGCAAGAUAAUGUGAUAGAAGGUUCUCUA